AUGGAGGAAGAAGAUGGUGGUGGAAACCCUACUCACAAGGCGCUGAACAAGAAGGUGGUGGCGAUGCUGUACAAGGCGUUGGCGGCUGGCGACAGGGAUGCGGUCUCGAAGCUAGUGACGUCGAACGACGACCUGGAGUGGAGAUACCACGGGCCUCCGCAGUGCCAGUACAUGAUGCGGGCGCUCACGGGUCACCACCGGCGGCGCGAACGAGAGGUCCGGAAGUUCAGUUUCAAGCCCAGGAGGAUCAUGGCCUUCUGCGACCGGGUGAUCGUCGAGGGUUGGGAUGGACUGGAUGCCUACUGGGUGCACGUUUGGACCCUCAAGAUGGACGGUUCCCACCCCGUCAUCGCCGAGUUCCGCGAGUACUUCAACACAUGGCUCACCGUGCUCAUCCGAUCCUUUGGUAAAGAGGUUAGGGUGUGGCAGAGUGAGCCCCGGUUGCAUCGUAACCGCUCCUUGCCGGACAUUGUCCUCGCUAUUUGA